AUGGAGUUAGUACGAAGUGGGUAUGCUGGUGAGCGAUGGGUCGAUCCCCACGAUUACAAGAGAAGAUCGCGAUCACUGGAGGGUGAUCCCGCAGGUCUACGAACCAGGAAACCUUCUAGAAGGACUGGUACGCUAGGGACUAACGAGGUGGUUCGUAGAGGAUUGCUUUUGGCUGGAUGUGCCUUGCAAAACGAAGGCGGUGUCACAAUUAUGAAGACAAAGAAUUUUUCCACAAGUGAGAUUGAUUCACAGGAUGGAGAACAUGGAGUCAAAUUUGAUCACAGAAGCCCACCUGAGGAUGGCUCCGUUGAGGAACAGUUUAACACAUUGCUGAGUGAUGGAACGUAUUUUUGGGGUGAAGCUAGAAAAAAUCUUACAAACAUGUCGAGAGAGAAGAAAUGGGGACUUAUUUGCGCAUUACGCUCGAGUAAAACAGCUAGAAGCUCAAGUGAAUCGGUGAAUUCUACUUUUACUAGACAACAGCUGUUAGAAGAACUGGAUUAUCUGAUUAAGAGAAAAACUACUGACCAUAGUAAGCUACUCCAUCAGCUAGAGAAAUACCUUCGUACCGUUGAUUUCACUGAAGAAUUUCUGGAACGCGACAACGUUAAAGGACUUUUCCAAAACUCAAGUCUGAUAGGACCUGAUGAUUUCUAUGUUUACCUUCGAUGUUUUAAGACAUUGAUGAACCACAAGCAGGGUAGGCUGCAGAUUCUCAAUAAACCGCCGCUACUGAUGUUCUUUUGUAAGCUUCUGAAUGAUGAUGUGACACGACUCAAAUGUAAAGUGGUUUCGGCAGAAAUGUUAUUGAUGCUCACAUAUGUUGACGAAGAUUAUGGGUAUGAGAAAGUACUGCAUCAUUUGAGCCCGUGCUUUCAAGGUUGGUUCAAUUAUAUGGCCAAGACCUUGUCUCGCGAUCCCUCUGAAUUUAGAGAUGCUUCUUUCCUUGGAGGGCUGAAACCAGAGAAGUGCAGGGCAGAUUUUAUGACUACUUCGUUGCUUGUCGUCAAUUCCAUUCUUCAAGCACUCCCGACUAAAGACCAGAAAGUAUCACUUAUGCAAACUUUAAAGGAAUGUGGAAUACAUCAUUGUUUCCAUCUAAUAAAACAGUUGCAGGUCGAUGACACAGAUAAACAAAUCGCCAUAUAUCUCGAGCUGGAGACCGAGCUUAUAGAAGCUACUUCGGCGGCAGAUCAGAUAGAUGACUCUGUCUACCAACCAGCACUUCACUAUUUGUUGAGUCGAACAAAGGGCACGCUAAUUGAACAAGACCUGGCUCAUCUUUUCGAAUCCCUUAACAAGAUAUUGGCUACUAGGACCACUUCAGAAUCCAUUAAACUUUUCCGGUCACUUGGUUCAAUACUGGACUACCUUAUUGAUAAUUUUUGCCAGGCAGUUUCGACCGAACCGGCAUCAUUGGUCCAGGAGUCCAUAAACAAGUUUUUGGAUAACCUAGAGUCUGAAGAAAUUGGUAGAAGAGCCAUGAAAGAAAUGACUGAACUUGAAAAUACCAUCGUUGUUCUGCGAAAGGAGUUGAGCGAGCUGAGAGACUUCAAAGAUAUUAGCAAAGAAAAGCUGGUCACAGAACUGAAGCAUGCUAAGAUGAUUACCAAGACGAAGGACGAAGAGAUCACUGAACUAUCAAAGAAACUGGAAGAAUCCAAAGAAAUGAGAAGACACGAGAAGAAACGGUUUGACCACGCCUUAUCACAUCAACAAGUUAAAGGAGCUAAACUAAUAAACACGUCGGUCUUUGAUAAUCUGAAAUCUACGAAUGACACUCACAAGGCAAAACCAGCCAGAGCUAAAUCCCUAUUGAAGAGUCAGAAAAUUCAUUCUCUCUCCUCUUACAUUGCAAACGCAGCUGAGCCGGUAACAAUCGGACCAAAUUGGGGGGUAUUAGGUCUCAAUGAAGAAGGAAAUGAUGCAGACCAAUCUGUUGCCUUCACAAGGGAUUCCUCGAUUGCUACCGCAACAAAUAUUGCUUACAGACACGAAUCAACAUCCACUUUGCUUUGCGAGUCCUCCAAUCCGCUAUCAAGCGGCAGCAUUGAUGGACCGUCUGGUGUUAUACGCAUUGAAAUGGAAGACUCUAAAAUUCCACCACUGCCGGAACUGCCGGAACUGCCGCCGAUUUCUCAAGCUUUAAAUAAAAACAAAUCUGAACCACCGCCUUCAUCAUCUUUUUCGCCCUUACUGCCGGCGGCAAAGGAAUCAGAACAAAGUACUACAUUAUCUCCACCGCCUCCUCCUCCUCCUCCUCCUCCUCCUUUGCCUGAAAGUUUAAUUGUACCCGGUAAGGAGUCGUUCAAUUCUGAAGUACCUUCAGGACCACCCCCGCCGCCACCCCCAUUGCCAGCAUCAUUUCAGGUAGAAGGGUCAUCUAUUCUAAAACCUAAAGAAGCUUUGAAGCAGAUCCACUGGGAAAAGCUUAAUGAUAUCGAGGAAACACUAUGGGCGGACCAAAAUCAAAAGGAUGAGACUAUGAAAGAGCUUAAGAGAGGUGGUAUCUUCUCUCAAAUUGAGGAAAGCUUCAAAGUUAAGGAAAGAACGAUUAAACAGACCAAAAAUAAAGAUAAGCGAGAAAAGACACCCACGAAGAGCUUUUUACCAAGAGACGUAGCACAGCAAUUUGGAAUUAAUUUGCAUAUGUUUUCUCAGUAUUCACCUGAACAAUUUGUACUCAAAGUUCUUCAAUGCGAUAACGAGAUAAUACAGAAUUCAACUGCCCUUGAAUUCUUCACAAGGGAAGAUUUAGUUAAUGUUACACAGUCUUUGCGAAGAGCUUUUGACCCCUACAGCACCGAUUACCUCAGCGAGGAUGGUCCCUCUAAAGAUCCCGCAGAAUUAGAUCGACCAGACAGGAUUUUCCUUGAGCUUUGCUAUAACUUGCAAUACUACUGGUAUGAGCGUUCAUUUUGUUUAUUCACUCUCACAACAUAUGAAAGAGACUACUACGAUUUCAUUUACAGGCUACAGAAGAUAGAUGAUGUCAUUCAAAAGCUGAGACACGGGACAAGAUUCAAAAGUAUAUUGUACAUCAUUGUGGAAAUUGGCAAUUACAUGAAUAAAAGACCAGCGGAAGGUAUCAAGCUGAGCUCAUUGAACAAGCUUGCAUUCGUGAAGUCUAGUGUGGACAAGAAUACAUCAUUCCUUCAUUUUCUUGAAAGAAUAAUUCGCGUCAAAUACCCAGAUCUUUACGGUUUCACUGAUGACUUGAGCAAGGUGGAAGAUAUUGGCAAGAUUUCGCUGGACCAUCUCGAACAAGAAUGCAACGAGUUCCGCUCAAAAAUUGAUGAGGUGGUACAUACUCUCAAAGAAGGAAAGCUCUCCGAUCAUUCAAGACUGCAUCCAAAAGAUCUUAUCGUGGAGAAGAUCACUUACAAGAUUCGCCGUGCCAAAGUCAAGAGUGACUUGCUUCAGGAUCAGUUCAAACUCAUCAAUAUUGAUCUCAAAAAAUUGAUGAGCCACUUCGGAGAAGAUUUCAACGAUUCAGAAGCCAAAAACAGCUUCUUUCAACAUUUUAUAGAGUUCUCGGUUAACUUUAAGAAAUGCGCCAAAGAGAACAUCGAGAGAGAGGAUAGCCAACGUGUUUACGAGCAAAGAAAGAAUAUGCUCGAGUCACGUCAAAGAACUGCCUCUAACCACAACUCCGAUCUACAGGGAGAAGAUGAAGACGCUGUAGACGUCCUGCUUGCCAAGCUCAGAGGUACGGAAGAGAAACCAGGCUUAGUGAGAAGACGAAAAAUCACACGAUAUACCGCAGAUGCAGCAGCUCAAACCAGAAAACAUCCCAAGAAAAGACCAAUUCCUGCUGGCAGUAAUGGGGUCUUGUUCGAGCGGACACAGGCCAUGUUGAAAGAUACCCAAAAUAUAUGA